AUGUCAUUGUACGAAUACAAACAUCCUAUCAUCAACAAAGAACUGGCGACCGGACCGGACGCCGGGUCGCGCAGACAGUUUGCCACGCUGGAAACGUGGUACGAUGUGGUCAACGACUAUGAGUUCCAGGCGCGAUGCCCGAUCAUUUUGAAGAACUCGCAUCGCAACAAACACUUUACGUUUGCGUGCCAUUUGAAAUCGUGUCCUUUCAAAGUGUUGCUGAGCUACUCGGGCCACAACAAGGACGGUCCCUUUGAAUCGUCGCCUCGUGGUGAUGAGAACGACGGCGAAGGUGAGGGCGUUGUUGGUGGUGGUAGUGGUGGUGGAGAAGGCGUCGGAGACGAGGUCGACGAAGACGUGGACGGUCGCGAUGGUGCGCAUAGCGCACAUCGCGACGACGUGAGCGCUGCUAUCGCAGCAGCCGUGGCUGCCGUCACAGACACGAAACCAGGUCAUCCGGCCAGCGGCGGUGAUCUUCACCACCAUAACCACAACCAUCACCACAACCACUCCCAUCACCAUCACCAUCACCAUCACUCCCAUGAAGACGACGACGCUGGAGUCACAGAUGUUUCGGGACUUGAUGCCCAGCAAUUGGGCUCGGUACGUGGUCCAUUCACGGUCACGAAAAUUGAUCCCUACCACAACCAUCCGUUGGAAUCGAAUUUGUCGUUGUCGAAAUUCGUGCUCACCAAAGUGCCCCGGAUUUUGCAAAACGACCUCAAAUUCGACUCCAUUCUGGAAUCGCUCUGUAACGACGACGAUAACACGGUCGCCAAGUUCCGGGUCUCGCAAUACGUCGAAGAAAGCGGGAUUCUGGACAUCUUGAAAGAAAGAUACGGACUUUCCGACCACGAUCUCGACAAAAAACUUCUUUCGCACAUUGCUCGUCGUAUCACCACCUACAAGGCUCGUUUCGUGCUCAAGAAGAAGAAAAACGGCACUUACGGAGUGCCCGCCAGCGCCAUGAGUGCUGCGGCCGCCGCAGCGGCCGCCAUCAACGCCAACGGUUCCGGAUCGGGCUCUCAAACGCCCCAGCAGCACGACCAGCAGCGUCUACACCAUCUCCACCAGCAACAACAACAACAACAGCAACAGCAGCAACAGCAGCAGCACCACCAACAACAACAACAGCAGUUGUCACACCAGCCACAUUUGGGAUCCCCAGAUGUCGACAAAAAACGGUCUUAUGCAACCCACGGCUCUGUGGCAGAUCAUGACGAUGACCUAGAAUCGCGCAAACGGUCUCGUUCCAACAAGCUUUCCACAGCGGUGAAAAUGGGGACGCGCUCGUCUUUGGUGAACGAUCCGGGUCUUGCCCAAUUGGAAGACGUCAAUGACGCCGAGGACAACAAACUACCUCAGGACGUGGCCGAACAAUUGCGUUUGUUGAGUUCGCACUUGAAGGAAGUCGAACAACAACAACAACAGCAACAACACCACCACCCUGAGCUGCGCGACGAAAACGAUGAAAACAUCCAGCCCGAGUUGAGGGGCCAGUAA